AUGCCUGGAGCUCCGGGAGGACAAAACCGUUACGAGCAAGGGCGAAAGUCUCGGUCUGGUGCGAAGAAGAAGAAGAAGUUAAAUAAAAACAAGCAAGAAAACAAGGACCCUGAACCCGAGCCUGAGAUAUACAGGGGCCGAGAGAGGGAGAGGGAGGAAGAGAGGGAGACAGAAACAGAUUUGGAGAAAGGAGUUGAAAGAGAAGAGGAGCGGCUGAGAGAAAGAGAAAGAGAGGAGCCGGAGUGGGACACACCAGAGGAAGAGGAACGAGGGACAGGGUCUGAGCCUGCACGGGAGUACGGCUCAGGGGACGGAGAUGAAGAGAGGAGCAGCGAGUACGAGGACAACGAGAGGGAGGAGGUGGAGAGGCAAGAGGUUGCGGCGAGACAACGAGAGAGGGAAAAAGAGAUGGAGCGAGAGGAGAGAGAGCGGAUAGAGUGGGAGAUGAUGGAGAGAAGGAGGAUAGGAGAGGUAGACAGAGAGGAGGACAUGAGGACCCACAUCUCUCAGUAUGAGUUUCUAAAGGGUCCUCCCGGUGAGAAUGGUCUACCAGGGCCUAAGGGGGAGAUUGGAGAGAAGGGACAAAAGGGGGAGCCUGGUAUUGGGCACCGUGGACCUGUUGGUCAAGCUGGUCCACCUGGACAAAAGGGUGAGCCUGGAGAACCAGGACCACCUGGAGCGCAGGGCAUUCAGGGUAUCCGUGGCAACCCAGGAAUCCCAAGCAUGGCAGGUCAAAAAGGUCAGCCGGGAGAGCCUGGAGAACCAGGUAGAGAGGGCGACAGAGGAAAACGAGGGAAAAAUGGGUCACCUGGCCCUCCAGGAGCCGAUGGACCUCCAGGAAAAGAGGGACCACCAGGUUUACCGGGAGUGAAGGGUGAUAAGGGUGACAGCAUCCCAGGAGAGCCUGGAGAUAGAGGCGUAGCUGGGCUUCCAGGCCGCAGGGGUGCCAAGGGCACUGUGGGUACGAGAGGGCCACCAGGACUGAUGGGUCCUAAAGGCCUUCAUGGGACGAAAGGAGAAAAGGGUGAUCGAGGUCUACCUGGCAACAGAGGAGAAAGAGGGAGUCCUCUGUCCACGCCUGGGCCGCGUGGAUAUAAAGGGUUAAAAGGGGAAGCGGGGGAACGAGGACCUCCAGGAUUUGAUGGAGAUAAAGGCGAGAAGGGCGAGGAUGGCCCUCCAGGAGUGAAGGGUGUGAAGGGAGAGGCCGGGACCAAAGGAAAAAUGGGGCCCUUCGGGGCUCGAGGCCCCGUAGGUCAAAAGGGCGAGGCAGGAGAGCCAGGCAUCAACGGAGAAGUGGGUCGUAAAGGAGCAGAUGGACUGGAUGGUGAUAAAGGUGACAAGGGAGAUAUGGGUCUGCAGGGCCAAAAGGGUGACCAGGGUGAGAAAGGAGAGCACGGAUUGCCAGGGGAUAAAGGCAUUAAAGGAGAAAAGGGCUUCCGAGGCUUACCAGGACGGAUGGGCAGCUCUGGACUAGAUGGAGAACAGAUUUUCAGACUUUGGGACACAUUUACUUGA